UAAAAGAAAAAAAAAUUAUUCUUUUCUCUUUUCAAGUUAAUUGUUUUUCUUUAUCAGUUUAAUUUACAUUUUAAUUAGUCUUUCUUAUCAAUUGAUUGAUUAGUUAAUUUGGUUAACAUGAUCUCUGACUGAUAGAAGUUAAUUUCUUUUGUUUCUUUUGUCUUAAUCUUGUUGAUUCUAUGUGACAUUUUAUUUGAUUGUCUUUGUUUGUCUCCAGGUCAAGAUGAUUGUCUUGUGAUUCCUUAUACUUGGGUCUUCCCUUUUAUGUCUGGGCCUUAACUGUUUCUCAUUAACUGUUGUUUUUUUUAUUCUUCUAUAUUUGUGAAUGUCUUUGUCUCUUUUUGCAUUAACAUUCAAAGGUAUCUCAUGGUCAUAAUGGCUUUCGGAGGGUUUCUUGAUUCUCUUUGGUUAAUAACAUUCCAAAGUUUACUAAAGGAUUCAUUUCGUUAUUGUCAUAGAAAAUUCUAGGAUUUCUCAAACAGCAAUCGAACACUUAAGGAAAAAUAACAACAAGCAAACCAGAUAGAUCUAAUGUUAUUGCCUGCAAGCUAAAUAAAAAUCUUUGGAUUUUAUUGUGUAAACAUGAAGACAACCAACGAAUCAUCAUAUAUAUUAAUACACGAAUAAGGAUAACCAAAGGAUAGUGCAGACAAUUCACCUUUACAUACACCAAACCUGAAGAGGCAAAGUUGUCAAUGCAAAGAAAAAACGAACAACAACAGCAAUCACAAUUCCCAACCUCUAACUGGUAACUCUUUUGUCAAAAAAAGAGAGAGAAAGAGGAACGAAAAGAAUAAUUUGGAACUUAAAUUCCUCACUUAUUACUUGGGGGAAAAGGAAAUGAGAAGGAGAAGAAGAAGAGAGAAGAUGAAAAAAGAACAACAAACAAUUCUUUACGUUUCCACCGAGAUUCUUAUUCUAUUUUAACCAAUGUGAAGAUAAAAAAGUCAAAGAGAAUGUGAUAAAAACAAUAGUACAUGGAAUGAUAAAAUUAUCUAUUGAGAAUGAGGUGUAAUCAUCAAUGUUUCUCAACAAUCUAUUAAUAACAAUACCAUGUGAUCAAUUCUACCUUUGCACCCACGAUGUGGGAGUACAUAAGAUACUUUGUGAUUAUAAAUAGAAAACAAUCAGACACAGAAUCACAUAUAUUCCGCUGAUUAAUUAUCUCAAUGUUUACUAUUGAUGGUAAAGGAUAAUGAUCUCAAUGAUGAUGAUGAAACUGAUGGAAUCAUGAAAAAAAACACCAAUCGCUGAUAGAUAAUUUUCCUCAUGUGUUUAUUUUUAUCCACGAUGAUUUCUGGGAUAACUGUAUAAUCAUCUUCAUCUUUAUCUUCAUCUAACUUCACUUUUGAUACCAAACUAUAAUCAUAAAGUUAUUUGUUCAUCAUAUAUAUUGGAACGUAUCAUUUUCUCAUCAUCAUCAUCAUCUUUUGCCUUUGGUUUUAUACACAAUCAAUUAUUACAAUUUUUCCAGUUGCUAUCAAUCCUAGCAGAGGAAAAGGAUCCCCAUGAUUAUGACAAUAUUUUUCCACUUCUAUCCUUCCUGUUGUCACUUAAUAGCUUCAUCAAUAAUCAAGGAUACCUUUAGGCUAAUCGAUAUAACUUUCGAUAUCAUCAUCUUUCUCAUUGUUUUGACGCAACCAUGGAGUAAAAGAAAUUAUCUUUAUCUUUAUCGUGUAUGUUUAUCCAGAGAAGAAGCAGAAAGAAGAAGAUAAAAAUCGUACAUUGUAAUCUCUCGGUCGAGCUAAUUUUCCUUUCCAUUAAUCUAUCUGUGUUUAAAAGGAUCUAUGAUCUUUUGCGUUUCCAAGGAUUGUUCAACUAUGCUGAAUAUCGGAUUCUGAAAGUCAAAUAACCAGAAUAAAAUAUUCAAUCUUUUGUAAAGACAAUGAUAUUCCACGUUAAUAACAAUCAAUUAGGUAUUCGAAUAAGAAAUCAACAAGAAUCUAAUUCUCAAGGAGAAAUAAAGAUUUUGGUUUAUUUUGAGGUGACAAAAAUUCAUUAUUCAUACGGAUUGGUGAAACAUGAUAGUGGUUAUUUUAAUUAUUCAAUCUCAAAGGUGAAAUAGGAGAUAAAUGUAUUCAAGAAGGAUUUUACGAUUGGAAUUUAUUUUAAUUAUGAUUGUACGAAACUAACUACUGACAUCUUGAUCAAUGGAUUUGGCAUCUUUUCCAGCAACAAGUUAUCAUCUAAUUCUCGGUGGUUUAUCUUUCCAUGUGAUUACAAUUGAAUUGAUUAUUCAAUCUUUGGACAAUUGUUUGAUGGGCCAAGUUUGAAUAUCUGUGACAAUGUUGAUGUUGGCAUUUGAUUUAUUUUGAUGUUAUGUUUUGACGAGUAUGAAACUACCACUUUGUUCAUUUGUCUCAUUCUAUAUAUUUAUUUUCUGCCUUAGAUCAACAAUUAAGCUGAUGAAAACCGUAAUUACCAAGUGAGAAAAAUGGAUUCAAAGAAAACGUUUCAUAUAAAUUAAUCUAAUCACGGAAACAAUGACUUACUACACCUUGGAGCUUUAGCCUCAUCAUCUUUAUCUUCCUUUUCGUCACAAAUCUUGGUGUCAUCUUUUAUCAUUCUCUUUCUAUUCUUCAUUAAUUUAUCUAAAUCGCCUCAUCCACUGUGACGAUUUUCUCUCUCUCUCUUUAUCUUCAUUAUCUCUUCGGCCUCUCCCUCCCUUUCUCUGUGCUCUCUUAAUACUUAUCUAUAUUUUUCUUUUCUCACUUGAAAAGGAGAAGAAAUAAAUGUGAUAUUAACUCGUAAGGUAAAAAAAAAUGCGCAAGACUAAUGAAGUUUAACCUUGCAAAGAGAGAGAGAGAGAGAGAGAGAAAGAGAAAACGAGUUACCAGAACUUUUCUCUUCAUACUGAACAGUUCAAAUUGCAGCGUCAAUGAACAUCGUUGUUAUUGUGAACUGUUCACAUGAAAUAAACAUGUAUCUCUAUUCAAGUUACUCAUCUUCUUGUUUAACGAAGGGAGAAAAUUUUUUCUCAUCAUUACAUUAACUUUUAUCCUCUUUCCUUCAUCUUCUUCUCUUCUCUUUUCCCUACACCAUCAUCAUCACCAAACCCUCUCCCUAAUAUUCAGAGAGUGUCAUCAUUAUCUUAAUACAACGAAUUGAAUCCUUUGGAAUCUUUUGCUGCUCAUCAAUUAUUAUAAAUAAGUGUCCAAGUUAAUUGUGUCUCCAUAAGUCUCAUGAUCAUACUAAAAGUUCAAUAAUAAUAGUUUUUACCAUCAUCCAGAUCAUUGAACGACAUUAUUAUUGUCCACAUCAUUAUUGUAUCAUCUUUAUAUUUAUUGUCUAAUAUCUGAUUAGCAUCAUCAAUCCAAUGAAACGUUUGGAUUGAUUUUUUCAUCUUUAACUCUCUUAUUUUUUUUUCUUCAAUUCUUUCAGCUGUGUGUAAAUAAUAAUACUAAUAAUAAUAAUGUCCUACGAAUCUCGAGUUGGCAACCUAACAUACCAACGCUGUGAUCCAUCAUCUUUAUCAUCCUCAUCAUCAUCAUCCGUACUUUUGCCUUGUAUUGAUUGUGUAUCACCGAUGUGUCUCAAUAUGUCCACUCUAUUUAAUCUCACCUUGGGCAAUUUAAUUCGUGACCAAUCACUUUCACCCAACACUCUAUCUUCAUCUUUAUCUCUUACAUCACCUCUCUCAUUUCCAUCGGGCGAUUUAUCAUCGGUACCAGAGAUACCCUUGGAUAUAAUGGUCAGAGGUAAUGAUUCAAAUUUGGAUGAAAACUCAAAGGCUUAUGUAAUCUCAACCCAUGUUAAAUUACUUUGGAUUUUUGUUUACAUGAUAAUGAUCAUGAUGGCCACUCUAGGUAAUCUUGGGAUUAUCUGGAUUAUAAUUGGACACCGGAAAAUGAGAACAGUGACCAACAUAUUUAUACUUAAUCUAUCAAUCGCUGAUCUGAUUACUUCAAUUUUAAACAUUACCUUUAAUUUCAUCUUUAUGCUUUUUGGUCAAUGGUAUUUUGGUUACUUUUUCUGUAAGAUAAACACAUUCAUUGCUUAUUUAACUCUUUCCGCUUCCGUAUUCACCAUAAUGGCCCUUAGUCUUGAAAGGUACAGGAUUGUUAUUAAUCCAAUGAAACCUCGGAUCACUCGACGAACCUGUGUUGUGUGCCUAACCUUUAUUUGGCUCAUUUCGUCCCUCCUCUCAUUGCCCACCCUGAUCUAUGCCACCUUCAUGUCCUUUGACAAUCAAUCAACCAACAUAACGAGACACAUUUGUAUCCUCCGAUGGCCCGAUGGUGGACCUGGAGUAUCAAAUGCUGAUUUCUAUUUUAACGUAAUUAUUUUUGCCGUUGAUUAUGCGAUCCCGAUGAUCUUGAUGACGGUCACUUAUUACAGGAUUGGUAAAGUUUUCUGGGGAAGUCAGGCCAUUGGUGAACUGACCGAAGGUCAACGGGAAGCGAUUCGAGGUCGACAACGAGUUGUGACCAUGCUUAUAACGGUAACCGUGCUAUUUGCCAUUUGCUGGUUACCUUAUCAUAUCUAUUUCCUGUACAUGUACUAUGACCCGGAAAUAAUGAAUCACAAAUAUAUAUCAAACAUUUAUCUGACCAUCUACUGGCUCGCAAUGUCCAAUUCAGCAAUUAAUCCAGUUAUCUAUGCUUUUCUCAGUAAAAGUUAUCAUUAUUAUUAUUUGGACAUGAUGAUGAAAAACAAAACAAAACAAGAAACUGGACACAACAAUUAGGUUGAAAUAGAUUGUGUCACAAACAGAAGAUACUUUUUGUUUUCUUCGUCUAAACUUAACUAUUAUUGCCACCAUUUCAAUUCUCAUACAUUCUGAGUAGCAACUUUUCAAUUCUCUCCCAUUUGAAACUCUCCCUGUAUCCAACUCAGGAUAUUUACUCUCCCUGUGUCUCUCUUCAUUUUCAUCAUCCUCAAGUUUCCAGUUCUAAUGAAAAAUAACAACAACAACGAAACUUUAGUCUCACGUUGAAUCCUCAUGAACUCAUAAGCCCAAACCCAUGGGAUUCCUGUGAGAGAGAGAGAGAGAUGAAGAGUGAUAUUCAUUGUCUCAUCUUUAUCUCUUUCAUUUCUCACCAGUUCCAUCAUCAUCAUAACCAGCUCAUAGACUCAGUUAGUUUGAUUGAAUUUCUACCGGAGAUUUUUUUCCACAAAAUUUUUUUUCCAUUGUUUCCCAUCCUUAGGAAUCUGUAAAACAAAAAGGAAUCAGAACUUUCCAAGUAAUCGAACCUGAACUAUUAAUAUCUUUACAUUUUCUCAAUCAUCUUUUAUUAUCUUCCUACAUCAUCCUGAUAAUUAUCAUCUCUCUUACUUUUAUCUUUCUAUUAUUUUAAUCUUUGUCAUCAUUUUGUCUUCUUCCUUUAAUUACAUCACUAUUAAGCUUUUUCCAUCCAUCCUUUUACCCUUAAAUAUCCAAUAUCAGGUAUAUAAAUAAAAAUCUUAUCACUUUCACUGCUUUAACAUGAAAAUCCUGCUCAUCUUCAUGGUUCAUCUGAGCUCUGAGAUUUCAAUUUUUAUGAAAAGCAUCAAUCUAUUUAUAUCCUUCAUCUUGAAACAUAAUAAAUGAUAAAAUGUAUUAACCUUUUAAUUACAUAGUAGUUAAAUAUCAAGACUUUACUCAUUCAAGAUACUGAUUAUCAUUUUGUUUUAAUCAUCAUCAUUAUCACUAUCAGAAAUGAUUAGGAAUCCAUGAAACUUAUCAUCAUGUUCAAUUUUCUAUCAUAUUAUAAUGUUGAUGAUUUAAUAGUUACCUUUAGUUGAUAUUAUUACUAAACUUUUUUUCCUCAGAAAACUUACUUUGUUUAUGAAGCUUUUUGAUUAAUAAAUUAUCAUCUCUCUAUCAUGUGUAGGGGUUCAUGAUAAUCGUGGAGUUUUUUUUUUCAUUCAUACUUGUAUUUGUUAGACAUCCUCACUAUCAAUUACUUUGAUCAUCAUCAUCAUUAGCAUCAAUAGGAGAUGAUGAUGUAAAAAAGGCUCUCACAAUCGAGAAUGAGUUUAGUUUACUGUGAAGCGGAAAAAAAAGUUCUAAGAGAAGAAGAAAAAAGUUCGAUAUUAUAUUGUAACGAUAAUGAUGAAGAUUCUAGAUUGAUAAACACAAACUAUUGACAAUAGAAAACGAGUAUAUGAUUUAGACUAUGAAUACCCUUAUCCUCUUUCUCAUCCCCGGUGAGGAUUAUUAUUAUUGUUACCUUUUGAAAUUUUCUGCUGACCGAUAUCAUGAAUGUGUAGGUUGAUAAGAAUGAUGGAAAUUAGAUGAAAAAGUUCAUGUAUCCAUGAGUUUUAGUUUGAAUAACAUGA